AUGUUCAUCGGGUUUCAGCACAACGAGAUAUUGGUGUCCACGUCCGGGGCGGUGAUCACCGACGGCACCGAUUUCCCGGCCCACGUCGGCAACGGCACCACCCUGGCCGGAUUCCCCCAGACCGACCUCAUGAACGCCAUCGACACCGCGGGGGGCUUGUCGCAGAUCCGCAUGGAGAUCAAGAUGACGGGCACACAGUUUGGCGUGAAGCCACCGGGGACCCCCAUGCCCAGGACGAUAAAGCCGCAGAAUGAUGGGUUCAAAUGCCCUGCACCCACUCGAAAAGAAAGAACCCCAAGUUCAAGGCCAAAAAGACGGCCAAGAACCUAUUCCUACAGCUGCAGGAACGGCACCCUUCUCCCCUCCACCAUGAACUCCAGCCAAUCCAAGGCCAUCUUCCAGCUCCAAGUGUACAAGCUCCCGCCGGACCUCAGCCGCACCGUCUUCUACCCUCCCCAGAGUUGGAAGAUCAAUGGCAUGCUCAACCCGCAUUACAUCUGCGGCCCUCCCAUCAGAGUCAGCCCCAUGGAGUUCCCAGAUUCCAGCGAUCUCAUGUCGGAGACGGAAGCGGUCGCUAGUUGGCAGCGGCCCGAGAGCAAGGCUACCCGAUGCUGCGUCACCUACUCCUUCUACAACGCCUCCGUCGUCCCCUGCAACACCUGCGCGUGCGGCUGCGACGACGGCGUCGCAUGCGAUCCCGACGCGCUCGCGCUGCUUCUCCUCCCGGAGGCGCUUCGCAUCCCCUUCGACAACCGAACGGCGAAGGCCAAAGCUUGGGCCAAGCUGAAGCACCACCACGUCCCGAACCCACUGCCUUGCGGCGACAACUGCGGCGUCAGCAUCAACGGGCACAUCGUCUCCAACUACAGGAAAGGAUGGACGGCGAGGAUCACCCUGUUCAACCGGAAGGGCUACACCUUCAAGGAUUGGUUCGUGACGGUGGAAAUGGACAAAGCUUAUCUCGGCUUCCAGAAGGCGUACUCCUUCAACGGCACAAAGCUGGAAGGUCCUGGGAGGCUCAACAAGACGGUCUUCCUUCGGGGACCGGAGGGUCUGAAUUAUCUGACAGCAGGGACGGACGGCAAGAACCCCACCGUGGAUCCAAGAGUGCCGGGCAAGCAGCAGUCGGUGAUCUCCUUCACGAAGAAGGGAACGCCAGGGAUCAACAUCGUGACGGGGGAGGGUUUCCCCACGAGGCUAUACUUCGACGUAGAAGAAUGCGCGCUCCCCGACGAGAUCCCGUAGCGUUAGCCAUGUAGCGGUUGCUUUCCUAGUGCUCGUGGCGAUUCUGUCAACAGUGUGAUGGAUUGAUUGCCUUCGAAGGGGCGCAAUUAGUUGACGAAUGAAAGCUUUCAGUUUUCUGUAAACUAAUGCUAUAUUUGAUUCAGUCGGAGGAUGGCCAGCCUCCUGACAAAAACGUAGUUACACAAAGAUACUGCAACAUCUUAAG